GGUGUGAACGCUUUUCUUACCGAAUAACCACACACUGCCUUUUCUUUGCAAUUCACUCAAGUUGAUAAAAGAAUGAUGGUAUGUAAUUUAACAACAUGGGAGCCAAUGGUACAUUGUAUGCGCUUGAACAGAGGUCUGUGUUUUUGUGUUUAUGUGUAGGUUUGGGGAGAAACCACUCUGACUUUCAGCGCCAAAAGGACCAAUUUACAGUCUGAUUCUCUUGGCCAAAAAAAGUCUCUCAUUAUACAAUAAUUCAUACCUCAUAAAGUAUACUUUACUGACCAACUUUACUCAAGAGGUUUUAAUAUUACGCAUUUUACAUGUUUAGUGAAAACAUUUCAAGACCUAAACCUUGUUUAAAAAACUGUAAGUGCAACUUCUUCAAAACUAUAAAUGCAAAGCUUAUUUAGAAGUGCAUGGAGAGGAGCUUCUCCUUGUGGAAAUUGUUCAUAACUGAGAUAAUAACAGUAAUAAGAACUGAAACAAUACUUUUGCAUUACAUGUAUUUUUUACCCAGAUAUAGUUUAGAGCUGAAACAGUUCAUCGAUUAAUUGACUGAUUGAUCAACAGCAGAUUAAAUAGGCAACAAUUCUGCCGAUAGUUUGUCCUUAUUCAAGCAACACUCUCUGGAUCCAGCUUCUCAAAAGUGAUGAUUUGCUGCUUUUCUGAAUACUUUGAGGGGGGGCAAUGCUUUCUGUUAAAUGCCAUUUAGUAUAAAGCAAAGAAUUCACAUUCUGGCAUCAUUUGUGGGAUCAGAUGAUACAUUGUUUGUCCAAACAUUUCACACACAUUUUCUUCCCUUUGACUCUGUCACAAUUGCAUCGACUUGUAUGACAUUCUCCUGAUGAUUUGCUGCUUUUCCCCUUGAAUACUUUUUGGUUUUGGACGUUUGGUCAGACAAAGUAGGACAUUUGACGACGCGACCUUGGGAUUCUGGGAAUGUGUGUUCUGCAUUUUUCACUAUUUUCUGACAUUUUAUAGAUUAAACGAUUAGUUGAAAGAAAAUUUAUAGAUUAAUCGAUAAUGAUAAUAAUUGUUAGUCGAAGCCCUAUUGUAGUUGUAUGGUUAUUGCUCACUAUGCUGCAGUGAAAAUGCAUUACUGUUAUCAAGAAAAUACAUUUUUCAAUCAUCGUCAUAUUUUGCUUUUUAGUGGAUGUUAAAUUUAGUUUGUGACAACUAUUAACAGAUAAGUAAGCCAUGUUUUCCUGUCUCACCAGCUUCUCAAAAGAGCCCUCCACAGGUUAGUUGUUAGCCUCAAUCGGAGCUGCUUGGCUAGUGAUGCCCUCCUCUUCCCACCACCGCAGAUUGUAGCCUCUAAUUCCGACAGAAAUUUACUCACAGGACAUCAUUUGAGCAUUUCUCAGACUUUGCAAAGCUCCCUCUUGAGCCAUGGAAGACUUUUUAUAACUGUUUUUGCAUAUGCUACGCUACACUCCAAUACCAGUAAAGGGACUUUUAUGUGUAAAAUCUGCAAAAUUCCUCAUUUAAAACUACUUUCAGACAGUGUUAGAAGGGAUUUUAUAAUCACUCAAAGAUCAUCAAAUUGCAUUCCUGCCACUUUCUUCUUUGAAAUGAGAAAGGACAAAGUGGUAAGGUAGUAAUCCUUUUAACAUAGUGUGAGUAAGUCUACUACAGGACAUGAUCACUUAUUACCAGAAAGUCUAAAAAUAGGAAAAGGACAGAUCUAUUCAUCGCCACCUGAACACCAAGUAUGAACACUGGACUAUCAAAUACAGCGGCACCACAGCCUGACUCGUGACUGUAACAGAUAACAGGGUCAAUGCCGGCAACAACCGCUUGUCCUGUUAAAGUCUCCUUGAGCUUGACACUGAAUACCCAUCUAAUCACUUAAUGUCUGUCAAUCUUGCUAGUAGGACAUGAUACAUAAAGAUACAUUCACUACUGCGUUUAGCGACUUAACACUCAUGCAUUCAUGAAAUCAGCUGCAGAACAACCUUUCAGUAAGAACAUUCAAACAAAUGCUAUUUAAAGCGGACUAACACAGGCUUACUUGUCUUGAUAUGAAAAUGUAUUAAGCUAAAGGUGACAGUGAAAUAAUGCAGGUGUUGUAUAUGCAUUUUUGUUUACGAACCUUAUUUUUGACAGAAAUAUCUUGUUUUUUCUCUUUACUACAGCUCAGAGUUAUGCUAGCAGUGCUGCUGCCAGUGGCAGCUUAUCAGUCCCCUCUACCCAUUGACUGUAGUGACAUCUACAGAGCUGGCUCAGGCCUGGACGGAGUGUACACCAUCUACCCAGCAGGCCCCACCUCUCCUGUGCAGGUUUACUGUGACAUGAACAAGGAUGACGAUUCUACAGAAAAGUGGACGGUCAUUCAGAGAAGACAAGAUGGCACAGUGAACUUCUACAUGAAGUGGGAUCACUACAAAAUUGGAUUUGGCAGCGCUGCUGGAGAAUACUGGCUGGGCCUGGAGACAAUGCACCUUCUGACCCAGGCCAAAAACUACGAGCUGAGGGUGGACAUGGAAGACUUUGAGGGCCAGAGGGUUUAUGCCCAGUAUUCUUCCUUCUCCGUUGGUCCAGAGACAGAGGGAUACAAGCUAAACCUGGGAAGUUUCACCAAGGGAGCAGCAGGGGAUUCUCUAACUGUUCACAAUGGACAGAAAUUCACCACCACUGACAAAGAUCAAGAUACUCAUGCUUCAAACUGCGCCAGGCUGUGUUUUGGAGGAUUCUGGUACGCAGGUUGCUUUGGGGCUAACCCUAACGGGAUCUACACCUGGGGAUCUUCACCCCGUAUAGCUGGUGUACACUGGAAUGCUUUCAAAGGGCUUGAAUACUCCCUAAAAACCAUGAUAAUGAAGAUCAGACCGGUUGCUGCAUAAAAAUGGAACUGGAUCAAUUUCAGUAAUGCCAAAAGUCACUGCGCUCAGCCUUGUUUAACUGAUCUAUCACAACCAGCAGAAUUAGCAAUGUCCAAAUAGAAUCAAAUAGAAGCAUUGCUUCUAUUUCACACUCAAAACUAAGUAGAGUUUUCAAAAUAACACAAUUUUUCUUUUGUAUUGCCUUCCUGGGUCUGUAGGCUCGAUGAUGAUUAUAGUUUAACCUCUUUUAGGCAGGUAGGUGGUUUAGCUCUGAAAGAAAGGCAGAGGAAUGUGUCUCUUUUGUCAUUGCAAGUAGGAAGGAGGCUCCACAGCAUCAGAGUUAACCAUGAGAUACAGACAUUCACAUCUCUACCCCACACACAGACACACACACCAGUUUAAUGGUCCGUCUUUAGUGUUUUAUGACAUCUGUGAGGGGAGGGAGACAGGAUACGAGAGAGAGGGGUUGCCAUGGCAACUGAAGCUCCUAAAUUUGCAGCAUUGCCCUGGGUUCAUUGAAUGUUGUGAAAUGGAUAGAACCAUCUGAUGAACUAUAAUCACUGACAUUUGGAUUAACCUGUACAGUACGAAUGUGAUGGGAUUGGCACCAACGGCACAUCUGGGCCUUCUGGAUACAGAUGCCAGUGAGGGUCCUCUUUCAACCAAACAUUAGAGACAACAUUGUUACUGGAAUAGUUGCGUAGGUUCUUUAGAAAUCGGCUGGUUCGUGAGUAGGGUUGGGUAUUACAUUUCAAUAUGUUUUUGAUACCAGCUAAAAUAUGUCCAUAGCACAGCAAGCCAAAAACUGUCAAGCACUGAAAUCUGGCAUUGAAUGUCUGGUCACAUUCUUAGUGUUGUUCCUAAUUAAAAUAAACAUUUACAUUUUA